AUGAUUACAGGUACAGAUGAACAUGGAAUCAAAAUUGAAAGAGCUGCGAUCAAAAAUCAUCAAACUCCUGCUGAACUAUGUGAUUCUGUAUCUAUUCGAUUCCGAGAAUUGGCUAAAGCGGGGAAUAUCGGGUAUGGUGAUUUCAUUAGAACUACUGAAAGUAGACAUCAUUUAGCUGUUCAAACAUUUUGGAAUCGUUUAAUGGAAAAUGGCCACAUUUACAAAGGGAGUUAUUCAGGAUGGUAUUCAGUUUCGGAUGAAACAUAUUAUGCUCCCAAUCAAGUACAAAGUCGCAAUCCAGGAGAAAUGGUUUCAUUUGAAACUGGACAGGUUGUGGAAUGGAUUGAAGAAGAAAACUAUAUGUUUAAAUUAAGUGAUUUUCAAUCAAGAUUGAUUGAAUGGUUAACCCAAAAUCCCACAGCAUUGGUUUCAUCACAGAAAGCGGAUAUCAUUAAUCAGCUUCAAUCGAAAGAACUGCCUGAUUUAUCGAUCUCAAGACCAACUGAUAGACUCAAAUGGGGUAUUCGAGUCCCCAACGAUCCUAAUCAAAUCAUUUAUGUUUGGAUAGACGCUUUGACCAAUUAUCUUACCGUCACUGGUUAUCCUUGGGCUUCUGAUCAAAUCAAAAAUGAGAAAUGGCCUCCUAACGUUCAUGUCAUUGGGAAGGAUAUCACAAGGUUUCAUGCGAUCUAUUGGCCGGCUAUGCUGAUGGGAGCUGGAUUAGAGUUACCUAAGAGUAUCAUUGCUCAUGCUCAUUGGACAAUGAAAGAUGAAAAGAUUUCGAAAUCUAGAGGGAAUGUGGUUGACCCAGUUGAAAGUUUGAAAGAAUGGGGAGUCGAUGGCUUACGAUAUUAUCUGAUGGCUGCUCCUGGAUCAUUAUGGAAUGAUACUGAUUGGGCCCCUGAUAGAGUAGAUGAACAUUACAGAAAAGAUUUGGCUGGUCAACUUGGUAAUUUGUUAUCGAGGAUUUCAAACCCUAAGCUUUGGAGUAGAUUUCCAGUCGGACUCAAAUCUGGCACUGGAUUGUUCUACCCACCUCAAUCCUUUAAACUUGAAAGAUCACAAGCUUUAGCAGAUUUGAUAUCAAAAUUACCAGAUGAAGUAGAUCGAUCAAUGAGCUCAUUCGAAAUUCCAAAAGCUUUAAAAAGUAUAUUCCAAGUCUUAACCGAAUCCAAUCGAUUAAUUUCAGAAAUCGCACCAUGGCAUUCUUCAACCGGAUCAGAAGAAUCACAUGAAAGUAUUUAUCUUUGUGCAGAAUCAAUUCGAUUUUCGGCUAUUUUAUUACAACCUUUUAUGCCUGAAAAAUCGAAUGAGAUCUUAAAUCAACUUGGUAUAUCUGUUAAAAAUAGAGGUUGGACUGAUUUGAAAUUAGGGUCUGCUAUUGGGGUUGAAGUUUUGGCUUCUAAUGGAUUUCAAGCUUUUCCUAAUCUGAUCAAAGUUGAAAAAUAA